AUGCUGCGUCCACUCGUUGCCCUAAUCUCACUUACCUCACUACUCGGACUCACCUCUGCGGCCUCGAUCGAUAUCACCAAACGACAAACUCCCAGUGGUGCUUGCAAUAACUCCCCAGACCUGUGCUCUAGAGCAUAUAAUGAAGUCGUCCAUCUGGGAGCCCACGACUCACCCUUUCGUCGAGAUGCCUCAACAGGCUUCUCUACCUCGGGCAAUCAAUUCUACAACUCGACUGUCCAACUCAACGCUGGUGUUCGCCUUCUUUCAGCCCAAGUCCAUCAGUCUAACGGAGACUGGCAUCUAUGUCACUCGUCGUGCGAUCUUCUCGACGCAGGGACUCUUUCCGACUGGCUAGAAGAAGUCAAAGCAUGGAUGGAUAAGAAUCCUAAUGACGUUGUCACUAUCCUCCUGGUCAACUCAGACGAUGCCACCGUCACCGAUCUUGAUCAACAGUUUGUGAAAUCGGGAAUCAACAGCCUCGCUUACACGCCUGCUUCAACUACGGUUCCUCCCGUCACGUGGCCUACAUUGCAAGAAUUGAUCACUGCGGGUACACGAUUGAUGGUCUUUGUGGGUUCUCUCGAUCCCAACACCAUCUCUCAAAGCCAGUCUUAUAUCAUGGACGAGUUCACCUUCAUCUUCGAGAACCCAUUCGAAAAUGUUGCCCUCAGCGAUUUCACCUGUACCCCUGAACGUCCGAGCGUUGUCAAGGGCAAUUCGGGAGCUGCUAUUUCCUCCAAUCGCAUGGCAUUCACCAACCAUUUCCUGUACGUGGAAGGUCUGUUCAAUAUUCAAACGCCCGCGAUCGACAACAUAACCAUCACCAACUCCCCUGGCCAAUCUCUUGGUAACUUGGGCUUCGCAUUGAACGCAUGCAAGACCGAAUAUGGACGAGUAUCCACAUUCGCUUUGGUCGAUUUCUUUGACGAAGGCCCGGCCAUCAACGCUGUCGAUGCCAUGAACGGCAUUACUCCCGUCGGAAGAAUCGCUUUACCUCCUAGAGAUAAAAAAGGCAGCUCCUCCGAUUCUGAUGCCGACUCCUUCCAGGGCGUCAUAGAUCUCAACAACGAUGUCAAGGAGGGUGCUCAACCUAAACUCGGUGCUUGGAUCUGGGCCGCCGGAAAAUGGACUUUUGGUGGCAUCAACCUCAGCGGUGGUGAUCUUUUGACUUAA